AUGGGUCCGCCAAUAACCGCGUGGCCUUACAGCCACCCAAAAGUGACCAGUGACUCCAAGUGUUUGUUUCAUUUUAUAGACAAUCUGCGCACUUUAGGCCUAAAUUUCACAUUUGGUUUUAUAUUUUUACAAGUGUUAUUGAAUUUGAGUCCAGUGACCGCUGGCCCUGUUGUGCUAAGCCUCGAUUAUAUGCAAGGUCCAGUACCCGUAGCUAGGAAUAUAAGACACUUGCCUUGUAUUUCGAGGAAGUCAGGUAAUGAAGGGCUCUGCAUGUUUGCGAUAGACUGCCUCAAAGUGAACGGCACACAUUUAGGAACAUGUAUAGACAGGUUCUACUUCGGCUCGUGCUGCCAUAUACCAGACAAAGACAUAUUACCACAGAUAAUUGGCAUUAAUAUAGAAGAGAAUUCAAUAGAUAGUGCAAACUUUGUUCAUCCUUUAACAGGAGACAAUGUUCAUAGUACAAUACAUAAAAUACCAGGUCUAUUUCCUAAUAAACACGAUAGUGAUCUGGACAAGCCACCUCCAAAAGAUAUUAUAAAAAAUAAGCCAUCAACGAAAAAACCAGUUACAUUACAAGAUCAUACAGACCCAGGUAAGCUAGAGACUAAAUCAGAUGAACUAACUACUGAUGACAAUAAAAAGAGCGAUGACACAAAAUCUACUAAUAUAGUUCCAACUACAAAAGAGAUGCCAACAACUCAAUCUAUAAAGUUAACAUCCCAAAUGAUCGAAACUACAGAAAUUCCUACGAAAUUAUCAACUUUCCAAAGCGUAUCUGGAGAUAAUAUAGUUACUGAAAAGUCAGACGAACUUAAACCAACAAAGACAGAGACUACAGAAGCUGUAAAACCUACAAGUGAACAAGUAUCCACUGAGAAACCUGUAAAAACUUCUGUUAAACCAGCAAGGCCUACGUAUAAACCUAGACCGACGUAUAGACCACAGCAUAUCAGCCUGAAACCUAAACCAACUAGGCCUGUAGUAACUAUAACCAGAAAGCCUCCUUAUAAGGUAUCAUCUAAAAGGCCUUCAACGAAGAAGCCAUUACCGUCUCCGCCAAGGUUAAAUAUCACCAUUAUUCCUCAAUAUACAAGUUCCAGACCAGUAUUUACUAGACCGUCUUCACCGAUUAUAACCUAUAUCAAUACUACAAUAUCUAAAAUCGAGGAAAAACCUACAACUACGCCAACGACUACAACUACUACCACUACGACUACGACUACAACCACUACUACAACUACAACAUUACCACCACCAACCACAACUACUACACCAAUGACAACAACUACUACACCAAUAAUUACAACAACUACACCAAUAACCACAACAACUACACCAAUAACUACAACGACGCAAGUACCCAAAACAACAGUACAUAUCGCAGAAACAACAGAAAAUAUUGUAACAGAAACUUCACCAGUUAUUGAAGUCACUGAUAAACAGGCAGAAAAAUCAACUAUCACUGAAACACUAGAGGCAGUCACAACCGAAUUAUCCAAAGAUGUUACAACAGAAAAAGAUAUAACACAAGAAUCAGAAAAGAUACAAGAUGAGUUAACAGAAAAAGAAACGCUUAAGCCUACAACUGAUCAAUAUAUAUCAACACAAUUUUCAUCGACAGAGUUUCCACCUUUCGUGACUUGGUCAGACUAUGGCAGUUCCAGUUCAAAGGCACCCGAGACUACUACUCCUGAUUUAGAUGACGGUUGGUCACCUAUAACGCCACCAGACGGAUGGGUAUUAAUUUCGACAGUACCGCCAAAAUCUGAAAAGACAACUACAACACCAAUGAUAACAACAUCAACAACAUCUACUGCUUCACCAACUACAGAAGAACCAACGACAAUUGAAACUUCACCAGCCACAAUAAUUGAAAUGACAACCAAAUCAGAAGUCCCAAUAACGACUGAACCUUCAUCCGUGCAGACUUCUGUGACUUCAGAAAAUUCAGCGACUUCAGCGCCAACAGUUACAGAAGCUCCUAUAUACGAAUUCACAGUUAAUAUAACACGAUUCCCUUCGACUACAACACAAAGUUCAGUUUCGACUGUUUCUCCCCCAUUGUUGGAUAUUACAUUUAAUAGCUCUCAAGAAACAAGUCAAACAAUUCUUACGAUUUCAUCCACAUCAAGCUUCGGUUUGACCACAUUCAGUUCGGUUUCUUCAGAAAAUAUUACAUUAUCAGUUAAUCAGACUGAGGCGUCAUCCGAGUCAAGUACAACUGAAACAACCGUGCCAACAGACACGACUACACAGCCUAGCACUACAGUUAGCACCACCACAGAGUCGUACAAUAUGUCAAAUUAUAAGGAAGAAGGACUUAUAAUGAUUAUAAAUUCAACUCUGAUGGUGCUGGCAGUGUGCGGACGCCGGAUGUGGCCGCAGGCGAGAAUUGUUGGUGGGUCGAAAUCUGAGUUUGGACAAUGGCCGUGGCAAAUCUCCUUGAGGCAGUACAGAUCUUCGUCAUAUUUACACAAGUGUGGUGCAGCCUUAUUGAAUGAGAACUGGGCUAUCACUGCAGCGCAUUGUGUUGAAAGGGUUCCACCAUCUGACCUGUUGGUGCGACUUGGCGAAUACGACUUAGCAAAUGAAGAAGAACCGUAUGGGUUCACCGAACGACGCGUUCAAAUAGUUGCCAGCCAUCCUCACUUCGAUCCUGCUACUUUUGAAUAUGACUUGGCUUUACUGAGGUUCUACGAACCAGUGACGUUCCAACCAAACAUAUUACCAGUUUGUGUGCCUGAUAAUGAUGAUGACUACGUCGGUAGAACUGCGCAUGUCACUGGCUGGGGGCGGCUUUACGACGAGGGACCUCUCCCUAGCGUACUUCAGGAGGUGGAAGUGCCUGUGAUAAACAACACCGUGUGCGAGUCCAUGUAUCUCGAGGCCGGGUACAAUGAGCAUAUACCGCAUAUUUUUAUAUGUGCUGGAUGGACCAAGGGUGGCUCUGAUAGUUGUGAAGGUGAUAGCGGAGGUCCAAUGGUAGUACAAAGGGCCAGAGACAAUCGGUUUGUUCUAAGCGGCAUCAUCUCGUGGGGCAUCGGCUGUGCGGAGCCUAACCAGCCCGGCGUAUACACUCGCAUAUCAGAGUUUAGGGACUGGAUAAAUCAAAUACUACAGUUC